AUGUCUGAAUCAUGGUCCAUUGCUUUGAUUAUACCUAUCAUUGCAAGUUUAUCCAUCCAAACAGUACCAGAGAAGCAAGUUUCUGCCUUUAUCAACGGCAACUUUACCAUUGGAGCCUUAUUGCCUGUUCACUAUCCCCCGCAAUCGAAGAAAGGAUCAAUGACCAAUUUGGGAAUACGCUGUGGAGGAAUUCGAGAACACUACGGCAUUCAAAGGGUCGAGGCGACUUUCCAGACUCUGGAUAAGAUUAACAAUGAUCCAAAUCUGUUGCCAAACCUCACUCUCGGUGUAGAGAUAAGAGACGAAUGCUGGUAUGCUCCAGUAGCACUUCAGCAAAGUAUUGAGUUUAUCAGAGAUUCCAUAACCCCGUCUAGUCUAGACACCUGCAGGUCUGAGAUCAAUGUUAACAGAUCCGCCAUUCGAGGACCUUUGAUAGGUGUAGUGGGACCAGGAUCUAGCUCUGUCGCACUUCAAGUGCAGAAUUUGCUACAACUUUUUCAUUUGUCUCAGAUUGGAUAUUCUACUACAUCAAGAGAUCUGUCGGAUAAAAGCAGAUUUAACUAUUUCCUACGGGUAGUGCCAUCUGAUUAUUAUCAAGCCCAAGUAAUGCUGGACAUCGUCAGGUACUUCGGGUGGACAUACGUUUCUGCAGUUAACACGGAUGAAAACUAUGGCCAGUCUGGUAUACAAGCUUUCAAAGAACUAGCAGAGAAAUUGGACGUAUGCAUCGCUCGUGAAGAUUCAGUUUUGAGCAGUGCUCCGGACGAAGAUUUUGACAAGGUGGUGAAGAAUCUUCGUCAAGAUGCCAAUGCGAACGUUGUAGUGUGUUUCUGUGAAGGAAGGACUAUUAGCGGACUUCUACGGUCUACUAGAAGACUCAAUCUUACCAAUCACUUUCUCUUUAUUGGGAGUGAUGGCUGGGGAGAUCGAGGAGACGUAACAGAAAGCUACGAGCAAGAGGCAUGGGGAGGACUGUCAAUUCGCAUCCAUUCGCCCAGAGUCAGCUCAUUCGACCGCUACUAUUGGUCCCUCCAACCCUUCAAUAACCAUCGAAACCCUUGGUUUCGGGAAUUCUGGGAAAAGAAAUUCGGAUGCAGACUGCCACUACUCAAUGAAACUGAGGCAGAAGGGGGCGCGGGGAACGAUACGCUGAUAAGUGAUAACAGUACAUCGAUGGAAGGAGAAGUUACAGAAAAACUUUGUACAGGUAACAAUUUUACCUACACAUAA